AUGUGGGUAUACACAUGUUUGCUCGUGCUUUUCAUGUUUGUUCAAUGUUCAACUGCACAAAUCUUGACUCGUGUUAAACCAGACUCGAUUCUCGUGUUGAAUACCAACCAGACUGGUUACAUUGAUCAUGUCAUCCCAAUGAAUGAACAACAACCAGAAGGCAUGUUUAUCAUUAGUGGAAGUCCCAAUCGAAUGACCAUUCUCAAUUCAUUCCAUGUGUUUCAAAGUUUCGUCAUUGACACUUCAUCAAAUCCAAAACUCAACACGAUGGGUGUAACAGAAACAUGCAAAGGAGGUUUAUACACUCCAGACUAUGGUUCAUUCAAUUUAGUGUAUAGUGGAUCUUCGAUUGGAAAAUCAUAUAUUGUCCAAUUGAAAUCCACAAAUUUGUCUCAAAUUGUGGAUUUGGUUUCACUAGGACCUCAAUCUCAAGUCAUUGAUGUGGUUGCCAAUCGAGAGUUGAAACUCUUACACAUCAUGUUGAAGAAGAAUACUCUCUUGACUCUCCUCACAUUCGAUCCUAAAGAUAAUUCCAUUCGUGAACAAUUAUUUCCAACCAUGACUGCUGCCAAGAUGCACUUUAAUAUUGAGUUAGGUCUUGUGGUUGGAGUUGGCAAUGCAACUGAAGGUCAUUUACUCGUUUUGGAUCCAAUUUCAUUGCAAGUGUUGACUGAACAAUCCUUACAACGACUCUUCACUGUAGAUUCCAUCACUUCAUCGGUAACAAACAGACAAUUGUUGAUCAUCUACUCCGAGUAUUAUACUUCUAUGGUUCAGUUCACCUACCACCCCUCUACCAAAACAUUUUCUUUCACUCAAGGAGUGUAUCAUAAUGAAUAUAUGAGAAUAUCAAGAUGUGAAAUUAGACAGACAGCUACAUGCUUGAAUGAUAAUAGAGCAAUUAUGGCUUUCAAUCUUAUGGUCUCGUACAAGGAUCCACGUUACUAUGCAUUGGAGGCAGAGGAUGACUUGAGAUUGAGUUUUACUCAAUACGACGAUGAAGAUCAAGCAUUGUUGUAUGUGCCUCAAACCUAUUUUGAUGGAGCGACCUUUAAAAUUGGAAUAUUCAAUUAUGCAAAAUUGCUUCCUUAA